AUGGGAAAUGGGUCCAGCUCAGAUUUUGCGCUGGACAAGCCGAUUUCGUCCAACAAAAGAUCAGUCUCGACGAUUGGGAAGAUCACUUCUUUCAGGCCUUCAGGACUGGAUGAUUUAAAAAGAACAACCUCUUUACGCUCGAUUCCGAUCGGCCACGAGCACGGAAAAAGGGAUGACGAUUACGCAAGCCAGUUUUUGCACAAUCUUCGCCUGUUCCGCGCGCGGCAGGUGAUGACCGACGUCACUUUCAAACUCGGCGACACGACUAUCCGAUGUCACCGGGUGGUACUUGGUGCCCUCAGCCCGAUUCUGCUCGAUAUCUUCUCGAAAAAGCAGCACAGCAUGUCCGCGGAACGAGUAGACCCAGACACUUUGGCCGCUCUAGUCGAAUUCGUGUACAAUUCUGAAGCCCAGUUUAACAACGAGUCGCUAACAAAGCUGCGCGAUGCAACGCAAAAACUCGGGAUCAGUCAAUUGUCGAAAAUGUUCGACAAGCUGAUGCACAAGUUAGACGCCAAGAAUUCGCGGAAUGACCAGGUUACUUAUGCGUACCGCUCAGGAAGUAUUCCUGGGCUGCUUUCCGGCCUCCGGCAUUUGCGAGAAAGUGGAAUUCUGACGGACAUAACCCUCAGAGCAAAGGAUGUCGACUUCUGCGCGCAUCGAGUUGUCCUGGCCGCGGCUUCCUCCGAACUCCAAGAAAUGAUCAAGAAACUGGACGAAGACAAUAACAACAACAACAAUAACGAAAGCGGAGCCAAAGGUUCCCUCAACCGCCUUCUCAUGAUCCCAAACAUCUCCUCCGCCUCCCUCAAGUGCCUUAUCCGCUACAUGUAUGGAGGCGAGCUUUCAAUCGACAGAAUCACAGUUAUUGAUUUGCUCAUCAAUGGACAGAAAUUUGGACUUACUUUUGUCGCCCAAAGUGCCGGUCGGUAUAUUGAAGAAAAUUGCAUCAGCUUGAGCAACUUCGUGACCUUGAAAAACUGGACCACACUGUACACGCAUUCGAAAAAGCUGCAUCUUGGAAGACUUCGAGGAGAAAUAAGAAGAUUCUGUGGAAUUCACCUUGCUGAAAUUUCGAAGCAAGAUUAUUUCAAGGAAUUGACGUUAGAAGACGUCAUUUGGCUAAUGCCAACUUCCACAAAUCGCCAAGAAAUGGACCUUUUCGAAGCUCUGACCGGAUGGCUACGGUACUCGGUCAACACUCGCCAGCGUCAUCUUUCUAGCGUCAUGGCGCUCAUCAAGUUCAGAAAGAUGAACACACGCGAGCUCGUGGAAGUCCAAAGCAGCGAUUUCAUCAUCGCGAAUCCAGAAUUGAAGGCGAAAAUCAUCGCCGCCAGCCGCCGCAAUAGCUCGGCGCAGGCAAACGAGCUGAAAAGCACGAUCAUCUGCGCAGGUGGCUGCGGAAAGGAUGGUUUACAAAACCAAAUCUAUUACCGCGACGAGCGCGGUUGGCACUCACUCACCUCGCUGCCUGUGCGACGCAAGAAUUUCGCUAUAUCCGUUAUUGACAGCGAUGUAUUCGUCGCUGGUGGACUGGGAAUCGACUCAUCAACGCUCGCAACAGCACAUCGAUACAAUUCUAAAGAACACAGCUGGGAAUCGCUUCCGGCAAUGAGCAAGAGACGAAGUCAUUUCUGUCUGCUCCCGCUGAAUGGUAAUCUUUACGCGAUCGGUGGGAUGACAGAUCAGUGGUCAAGUACGGACACGACGGAGGUUUACGACAUCAGGAGACAGCGCUGGAGAAAGGGCUCGGUUUUGCCCGCUGCGAGAAGUCAAUAUGGAGCCAUAGUUCUCAAACGAACUGGAGAAAUAAUGGUGACUGGUGGAGCUGGCAGUGAGUCCUCUGUGCUUCUUCUUUCCGGUGAUAUGUGGAUCAAAAGAAACUCCCUUCCACAACGUGUUGCUCCGAACCACUCCCUGGCGCAAGUUCAUAAUUCUAUUUAUUUGGUCGAUACAAAGUCCCCAACGCUUUUGCAAUACCACUCAAGCGUUGACGAGUGGACGAUUCUGAAGCCCCCACCACAACUUGGAUUUUCGUUAUGCGUGUCGUUGAGGAAUAGUCUUUUCCUGGUCGGUUCCAGGGACAGCGGAAGUGUUGCCCUGCUGACCUCGCUUGACAAGCCCUCGCAUCCCGACGGCGCCUGGAAAGCUCCAGAGCCCGUUUCAGUCCUGCCCCGCGAUAACUUCCAGCUCGCCAUCGUGAAUAUUUUAACUACCAACUAG